CACGCGUCCUAUCACCUCUCUCUCUCUCUCUCUCUCUCUCUCUCUGAAAGCCUAUUAUAUUCCAUGACUCUAUGAGUCUCCUAGUUUAUGGUUAUGGCAUCACAACACACACAUAUUAAACGACGCCGUUGAGGUUUCCAUUCUCAGCCUCCCAUCGCCGCCGACUAUAUCAGUAAUGCAAUUUAUUAACUCAUUAGCUUAGGCAAACGCCGCCGUUCCCACUUCCUUUCUCUUUUUUACUAUCUCCGGCGAUCGCCGACGCACCCGUUUGAACUCUUUCUAAAAUUCCAAGUUUGAGCUCCGAUCAUGUGCUUCUCGGUGUUUUGUACUAGUGUCUGAUUCGGUCGAUCUCCACCGUCCGAUUAGAGCCGGCGAUCGACGGUCAGCUGACUGAGCUGAAAAGUCUAGAACCGGAGCUGAAUUUAGAGGGACUAAAAUUUAUAUUAAGAGAGCUGAGCUAUGCUGGAUCUUAAUCUGAACGUCGUCGGUUCUGACCCAAACGACGUCGAGUCAUGUGGCACCCAAAUGGACGAGUCGGGGACGUCGAACUCGUCCGUGGUCAAUGCCGACGCAUCCAGCACCAACGACGACUCGUGCUCCACACGCGCCGCCAGAUACGACGCCGUCACGACCUUCAACUUCGAUAUUCUCAAGGUCAGGGGCGGAGAAGAUGAAGAAGACGAUGUCGUCGUGACUAAGGAGCUGUUCCCGGUCACCGGGGCCCUGAGCAAUUGGCCCGGCCAGGGGCAGUCGUCAGCGUCGUCGUCUUUGGUGAGGAAGAACUUGAUGGAGCUUGGGUUCGAUCAUGGCGGGUCCGGAGAGGUCAGGUUGGUUCAACAGAAACAACAGCAACCAGCCGCACCGCCACCACAGCAACAGCAGGUGAAGAAGAGCAGAAGAGGGCCGAGGUCUCGGAGCUCUCAGUAUAGAGGGGUCACCUUCUAUAGAAGAACUGGUAGAUGGGAAUCUCAUAUUUGGGAUUGCGGGAAACAAGUGUAUUUGGGUGGAUUUGACACUGCUCAUGCUGCGGCUAGAGCCUACGAUCGAGCUGCUAUUAAGUUCAGAGGAGUUGAUGCUGAUAUCAAUUACAACCUCAGUGAUUAUGAGGAGGAUUUGAAACAGAUGAAGAAUUUGACCAAGGAAGAAUUUGUGCACAUACUACGGAGGCAGAGCACUGGUUUCUCGAGGGGGAGCUCGAGAUAUAGAGGGGUUACGCUGCACAAAUGUGGCCGAUGGGAAGCUCGAAUGGGGCAGUUCCUUGGCAAAAAGUAUAUAUAUCUUGGGCUAUUCGACAGUGAAGUAGAAGCUGCAAGGGCUUAUGACAAGGCAGCAAUCAAAUGUAAUGGAAGGGAAGCAGUCACCAACUUUGAGCCAAGCACAUAUGAAGGGGAGAUGAUAUCUGAGGCUGGUAAUGAAGAUGGCGAUCACAAUCUUGAUCUGAAUUUGGGGAUAUCUCCCCCUUCAUUUGGCAAUUGUCAAAAGGAAGUCGAGGGGCAUCUUCAAUUCCAUUCCGGCCCUAAUGAUGGGCACAAUGGAAAGAGGAUGGAGCACAAUGUAAAUGCAACGAUGAGCGAUCCACCUUUCAAAGGGCUAGUAAUGACAUCACAGCACCCACCAUUGUGGAAUGGUGUAUAUCCUAGUUACUUUUCCAAUCAGGAAAGAGCAACAGAGAAGAGAAUUGCAUUAGGAUCUCAAGGACCCCCCAACUGGGCUUGGCAAAUGCAUGGCCAGGUCAGUGCUACCCCAAUGCCACUGUUCUCUACUGCAGCAUCAUCAGGAUUCUCAUUUUCAGCUACCGCUCCCUCCGCUGCUGUCCACCCCUUGCAACCCUCAACCCCAACAGCCCUCAAUCUCUGUUUUACUUCGCCAGCCACGGCUGCCGCCAAUACUUCUCAAUAGUAGAGUAUCACCGAGGGAAGGCCGCACGGCCUAAAUUUUCCUCCAGAUUGAAGGAGCAACCAUAAUAACGGUGGUCUUCAGAUUCUUUGUAUCAUUCAAUUAGAGAUUGAUCUAUACACUACAACUUGAUUUCUGACUCCUUUUCCUCUCAUUACCACUGUUGGAUAUAUCAGUACCCUUAAGUCUAUUUGUAUUUGUUCUCGGAAAUAUGUUAUAUCUAACUUGAUCUCUAAUGUAAAGUAUCAAGUGGUAAUGGUGGGAUCCAUCUAUCUAUCCAAACUACUCGUUCAGAAAGAGAUGUUAAUAGUGAGCUCUUUUAAGAUUGUUAUAGAUCGAAGGUUUGUUUAUUAACG